AUGGCUAGGGUGAGCCCUGUCCUAGCAGCUGACCGACUGGUGCUGGGCUUGCUCCUGAUGUCCCUAACCGAGUCUUCCCUCCAAAGCGGCGAGUGUCCCCAGCUCUGCGUCUGUGAGAUCCGGCCCUGGUUUACCCCGCAGUCAACCUACCGGGAAGCCACGACCGUGGACUGCAAUGACCUGCGACUCACGAGGGUCCCCAGCAACCUCUCCACUGACACGCAAGUGCUUCUCCUGCAGAGCAAUAACAUCGCAAAGACGGUGGAUGAACUCCAGCAGCUCUUCAACCUGACCGAGCUGGAUUUCUCCCAGAACAACUUCACCAACAUCAAGGAAGUGGGGCUGGCCAACCUGACGCAGCUGACCACCUUGCACCUGGAGGAAAACCAGAUCACAGAGAUGACCGACUACUGCCUGCAGGACCUCAGCAACCUCCAGGAACUCUACAUCAACCACAACCAGAUCAGCACCAUUUCCGCCAACGCGUUUGCAGGCCUCAGAAACCUCCUACGGCUUCACCUGAACUCGAACAAACUGAAGGUCAUCGACAGCCGCUGGUUUGCCGCCACGCCCAACCUGGAAAUCCUCAUGAUCGGCGAGAACCCCGUGAUCGGGAUUCUGGACAUGAACUUCAAGCCGCUGUCCAACCUGCGGAGCCUGGUGCUGGCCGGCAUGUACCUGACGGACGUCCCCGGGAACGCGCUGGUGGGCCUGGACAGCCUCGAGAGCCUGUCCUUCUAUGACAACAAGCUGGCCAGCGUCCCCCAGCUGGCCCUGCAGAAAGUCCCCAACCUGAAGUUCUUGGACCUGAACAAAAACCCCAUCCACAAGAUUCAGGAGGGGGACUUCCGGAACAUGCUGCGGCUGAAGGAGCUGGGCAUCAACAACAUGGGCGAGCUGGUGUCCGUGGACCGCUACGCCCUGGACAACCUCCCCGAGCUCACCAAGCUGGAGGCCACCAACAACCCCCGCCUGUCCUACAUCCACCGCGCGGCCUUCCGGAGCGUGCCCGCCCUGGAGAGCCUGAUGCUCAACAACAACGCGCUCAACGCCGUGUACCAGAGCACGGUGGAGGCGCUGCCCAACCUGCGCGAGAUCAGCAUCCACAGCAACCCGCUGCGCUGCGACUGCGUCAUCCACUGGGUCAACUCCAACAAGACCAACAUCCGCUUCAUGGAGCCGCUGUCCAUGCACUGCGCCACGCCCCCCGAGUUCAAGGGGCACCAGGUGCGGGAGGUGCUGCCCCAGGACGCGGGCGCGCGCUGCCUGCCCAUGAUCUCCCACGGCACGUUCCCCAGCCACCUGAGCGUGGACAUCGGCGCCUCGGUCCUCCUGGACUGCCGCGCCAUGGCCGAGCCGGAGCCCGAGAUCUACUGGGUCACGCCGCUGGGGAGCAAGGUCACCGCGGAGAUGCUCUCCGAGAAGUACAGUCUGAGCAGCGAGGGCACCUUGGAGAUCGCCAACACGCAGGUGGAAGACUCGGGGCGGUACACCUGCGUCGCCCAGAACGUGGAGGGCGCGGACACGCGCGUGGUGGCCAUCAAGGUCAACGGGACCCUCCUGGACGGGGCCCAGGUGCUGAAGAUCUUCGUCAAGCAGACGGAGUCCCACUCCAUCCUCGUGUCCUGGAAGGUGAAUCCCAGCGUCAUGGCGUCCAACCUCAAGUGGUCGUCGGCCACCAUGAAGAUCGACAACCCGCACAUCACGUACACGGCCCGGGUCCCCGUGGACGUGCACGAGUACAACCUGACGCACCUGCAGCCCUCCACGGACUACGAGGUGUGCCUGACCGUGUCCAGCGUCCCGCAGCACACGCAGCGCUCCUGCGUGAACGUCACCACCAAGCACGCCGCCUUCGCGCUGGACGUGCCCGAUCCGGAGGCCAGCACGGCGCUGGCCGCGGUGAUGGGCUCGCUGCUUGCCGUGGGCAGCCUGGCGUCCGUGGCCCUGUACGUCGCCCGGCGGUUCAAGAGGAAGAACUACCACCACUCCUUAAAGAAGUACAUGCAGAAGACCUCGUCGGUCCCCCUCAAGGAGCUGUACCCCCCGCUCAUCAACCUCUGGGAAGGCGACAGCGAGAAGGACAAAGACGGGCCCAGCGACACCAAGCCAACGCAGGUGGACACUUCCAGAAGCUACUACAUGUGGUGACGCCGUGGGCAUUUGCUUCUGGUAGUAAGGAGCACAAAGACGUUUUUGCUUUGUUCUGCAAAAGUAACAAGUCUGAGACUCUCGUUCCUUUGACACUGCGGGCCCGGGGGGUCUGGACAG